AAUAAAGUUCUAAAUUCUUCAACAAAAAGAAAACCAUUGUGAGACAAACUUUAGGUUUCGUCCGCCUCUUGAAGUCCGUCGCAUUGACUGUUUCGUCUCUCUACGGUUUCAGGCUGAGCCAUGAACACACAGCAUAGGAACAACGUUUCUGAUGAUUGUCAAUCCAUUAAUCUACGACAUCAUAACACGCGAUCAUCAAAACCCUCAGAUCACGGAAGAGAAAGCAGCUCCGCAUUGCCUAUCCCAACAGAUCUCAUAAUCGACAUCUUCUCGAGGCUGCCGUUGAAGUCAAUAGCCAUAUGUCGCUGCGUAUCGAAGACAUGGGCCUCCACGCUCCGCCGCCAAGAUUUCACCGACUUUUACUUAAGAAAAUCCUCUACUCGCCCGCAGAUCUUGCUCGCACCGGUAAAAAAUCGUGAGCUGUUCUUCUUCUCUUCACCACAGCCUCAAUAUCUGCAGGAGAACUUGCCUUCUGUAGUCGCCAACUGUCAUAUGAAGUUGUCCUUUGGUGGUUUCGGUGAAAUUCGUUGUGGUCGUCCUGUCCAUGGUUUGGCUUGUCUUAGGCAGUUGCGGGUCUCAGAGGGAGAGAGGGAGACAGUGUUAUUUAUAUGUAACCCUAGCACCAGACAAGUCUUACAUUUACCCAAAGUAAAGACGAGUAGACCUGUCGUGAAGAGCAUGUUUGGGUAUGAUCCGAUUGAUAAACAGUUCAAGGUAUUGUGCAUGACACGGUUUAACGAUGGAAGAGACUAUCACGAGCAUCAAGUUCUGACACUAGGAGCUCCAGACCGGUCAUGGAGAAUGCUCGAGUGUUGCAUUCCCCAUUAUGGUGAUCCACCUAAAGAGAUAUGUAUCAAUGGCGUUUUGUAUUAUAAAUCAAUUAAUAAGUCGACAGAGACUUAUUUAAUAGUUUGCUUUGACGUUAGGUCUGAGAUGUUCAGUUUUAUUGAAGUCAAGGUAACACUACAGAGAGCACUGCUCCGUGGAGCUCUGAGAAACUACAAUGGUAAAUUAGGCUUAUUUAUUUCUGAAGAUAAUGGGUAUUUUCGAAGCUCUAUUAGUGAAAGAAGUACAAGUGUUCAACUCUGGGUUCUAGAAGAUGUCGAAAAACAAGAAUGGUCGGAUCAUAUCAACUUAUUGCCAGCUUUGUGGAAGAAUCUAGUUGGAAGAGACUAUUUAUUCUUUGCUGGAGUGACUCUGACAAACGAGAUUGUGUUGGCGCCGAGCUCUCCAUCCAACCCUUUCUACCUUUACUACUUAAAUACCAAGAGGAACACUGUCGUCGUAAGACUUGUUGAAAUCCAAGGAAUAGAUGUGUCUGACUAUUAUAUGGAUCACGUCGUUUUAGAUCAUGUGGAGGACGUGAAGCUCUAUGAUGUUUAGGUACUUCUUAAACUGGAGACUGUUUAGCUUUUAGGUUCUCGUCAGUUGAUCAUGAGACAGAUCUUAAUAUAUGUACGAUUAAUUAAAUUCAGUUUUUAUUUAUUUUUGGAUGUGAAUAUUAUUCUAAUCCACUCCCUUUUUUUUUUACUCUUUACAGUGAUUAAUGAUUGUUCUAACUUGUGAUUUUGUUUGCUAAUGGAAGAAGUAGAAGUGUUAAGUU